GCAAUGUCCCAGGUGGUGGCGGCGAGCUGGACGCAGGGGCCUUCGGCGGCAGUGAAACGUGGAGCAGAUGGGGCCCACGGCUCGGCGCCACCAGCCAAACAGGCCGCCAAGGACAGCAAGAAGAAGGAGAAGGGCGACCUGCAGGCUGCGCCGUUGAAGAUUGCAACAAAGCUGCGCCUCAACGACGCGCGCGAGCUGGCCAACCUCGCGGGGGCAAUCUACCAGACAUGGGGGACUACCGAGACCGCGGCCUCUUUUACGCAGAUCAUGAUCGACGCGGGGUUCAAGUACGACGAGGUCUGGGGGGCGCUCGCCAUGAGUUUGGCGAACCAGAUGGACACCUUCCUGGGCGGCAGCGAGACCUACAAAGAGAGCGAGAAUAAUGUCUUCUACGAGUACUUCCAGAAGCACCUGGCCCAGAAGCUGCCGACGGAUGUUGCCAAGCACGUGCUGCACUUCCGUUACAAGAAGUUCAAGCCGAAGAAGAACCAGGACGGGGCCGCGGUGGCGGCGGAGGAGAAGAAGGGCAGGCUCACGUUCGCCUUCUCAUACGACGAGCCAGGGAGGGAGGCGCGGUCGCGUUUGAUUCAGUUUCUGAACUCGGACAAGGCCAAGGCGACGCAGCUGGUGGGGCCUGCCCCAAGUGGCCCCCUCGAGCGCGAGGCGGCGAGGCCCCUGGCGAUCUUCGAGAAGGGCGGUGGCAAGGACAAGGAUCAG